CCUUCAAUCCGCUCAGCUGUUCAGCUGGCAAAGGUAACACUUAACCGGUACUAUCAACUUACAGAUCAAUCUGAAGUCUAUCGCAUUGCCAUGGUACUACACCCGCGUCACAAGCUCGUAUAUUUCAGGAACGCUCUAUGGGAGGACGAUUGGAUCACGACAGCUGAAAAGCUUGUCCAUGACCAAUUUACUCUUUAU